AAAAAAAGCCAGCACAACAAACCAGCAGGACACUUUACAGCCAGAAACACAAGCAACAUGGACCUCGCUCUCCUCUGCAUGGUCCUGCCGCUGCUCACGGUGGCCUGGGGCCAAUACAUGGACUAUUAUGACCCGUAUAGUGACUACAGGGGCAGCGACGGAUGGGUCAAUGUGUACCGGCAGGGUUUCAAUUUCCAGUGUCCUCAUGGACAAGUGAUAGUGGCCGUGAGGAGUACUUUCAGCAAAAAGGAAGGCUCUGACAGACUGUGGAACUAUGCCUGCAUGCCUACCCCUCACACCCUGGGAGAGCCCUCAGAGUGCUGGUGGGAAGAGAUCAACAGAGCUGGACUGGAAUGGUAGGACACCAAGCUUAAACUUUCUUGAGGAGCUGCCAUUGUGUGUGUCUGUGUGAGAGAGCAUGUGUGCGCGGAACCCAUGUUGCUCAGUGCCAGGCUGAUGCGAUGGUUAACAGAUAGCAAUGCAUGUGGCACUAAAACAAAUUAAUUAAGGAAUUAACGCUCUGCUUAAGCCAGUGUGAACAAUCCAACAAGCUGCAGUGAUGAUUCUGCUAUGUAUUUCCAUAGAUGAGGCAGUCGCAACUUCAUUUAUUUAUUGGAUUUAUAGCCCACCUUUACUCCAAGGAGCUCCAGGUGGCAUUUUUGGCUCUUCCCAUCCCCAUAUAACCCUCAUAACAACCCCGUGAGGCGGGUUAAGCUGAAAGGCAGUGACUGGACCAAGGUCACCCAGCGAACUUCAUGGCUGAGUGGGGAUUGGAACCCUGGCAGUGAUGGCAAACCUAUGGCACGUGUGCCAGAGUGGGCACUCAGAGCCCUCUCUGUGGGCACGCAUGCCAUCGGUCCAUCCGCGCCGUUGCUGGGGGUUGGCAAAGUGGGCAGCUGUCCCCCCCAGACCACUGUGGGCAGGAAACUCUCACUAGAGUUCCUCGGGCCCCCCAUGCCACUGCAAGCUGGAAAUGGGUUAUUUGUUGCUUGUGCGAGCUGGAGAUUGUCUGUGGUGAUUGGGCGGGAGAUUAUUCCCUGUUGUCGAUUGGCUUCCUUGUGUUAGUUUGGUGGCUGCCUUUUGGCAUUCCCCUCAAAAAAGCUCAACAAGCCUGGACAAACACACACACACACACCCCGCAACAGCUAAACAACGCAUGGCACUUAUUUCUCACAAAGUGCCAACACUAAGUGGGUUUUGGGUUGGGGUUUGGGCACUCGGUCUCUAAAAGUUUCACCACCCCUGUCCUGGUCCAACGCUCUAAUCACAACACCACAAUGGCUCCCAUUUGUUUGGUUCCAUUCCUUGCUUUCUCCACAUUGUGAAUGCUCCUUGAUUUGUCUCCCUCCUUGUCUUGCAAGCAUUGUACUUUUGUCCACCGGUUCAGCAACAUUGGCUGGAGUUAGAUGGAUAAUAGUUCUUGUUGUUGUUGUUUGUAAUGAGAAGAAUUUUUGCUUGGCAUGGCUAUCAUAUUCUGUUCUAGCGAAGCAGAUUUUAACAGUGCCAGGAAACCUUGCAAAAUCUAUUUGACUAGAGAAAUAUUCCAUGUGGGGCGGGAGGGGGGAGAGCAAUGAACGUACAUGAGCAAUGAUAGCUCUAUUAGAAUAUGUUCAGCUCUCUGAAGAAAGUGCUGUUGAUCUCCCGCCAACAUUUUAAUGAUUUGAGAGAUCUGCCCAGUGCUGGAUGAAUUUUGCAAUGAAAGACUCCUGUUCCUGUUCAGUUAAGAAUGAUUAAAAGUCCUAUCUACCACCUCAAAAGAUAGGGAGGGGAUAUUUUAUGUAGUCCAAGUUCUCAGUUUCUCUUCAUAUUAUGUGUGCAGAACAUUCUGUCACACAUACUCACUGUGCACUAGAUAUUUCUAGGCAGAAUAUAUCUAAACAUGUCUUCUAAUGGUUCGGUGUUAAAUGCACUGCCUCAUUUCCUUGCUUAUGAUUCAAUACAUAUAUAUUUGUAUAUAUAUAUGUAUAUAUAUGUGUGUAUAUAUAUGUAUAUAUAUGUAAACUAUAGACGGAAGAAUGAUCUUGUCCUUUGACUUGUGGUCAAGUAAUCUCACCCCAUUCCCCCAUUAGUAAGUUCUUCUUACUAAGGUGUUAAGUUGGUUGCAAGGUUCUUCACAAUCUCAUUUUUACGUUACUGCCUUUAAAAAUGGUGUUUGUACUAAAAUGACACCGCAACUUUUCCUCAAUAUCCUAAGACCAAAAAAGAAUACUGAACAAGAGGGCAUAAUCUCUCACCACCCCACCUCCCCUAGGAGCCUUUGGCACUUUGUGUUAAACAUGAAAAUGUUAACUGAACUCAACAAAACAUUUUCACAUCUUUUAACUGUAUUGCUCAUCAUUGCAUAUAUUUUUCUUCUUCACUUUGCUCACACAGAAUGUGCUUAUUUGGCACAGGGUAGGAGAGGGAGACCUGCCAGUUUCUUUGCUAAAAAAGAAAGGAAGAGAUGGUCUGGAGUUAUGUCUUUAAAGGCAAAAUGGAAAUAAGAAAAAGCAUCUAAAUCUGGAAAAAAUAUGCAUGUUAAGAAAGCAUUAACACUGACCUCUUAAGACUCUGGCUUGGAAAUACAAAUGAGCAUUUCCCCCCAUGUAUGCACAGAUAUUUUGCUAUCGUUAGCUAAUAUUUUGCCUAGAAAUGCUGAUGGAGUCUAUGAAAUAAAACAGGCCUAGAUGACUCAUCAUACCAAAGGAUGUACAUUUAUUUCCCACCCUUUUCUUAAGGCCUGGGUUUAGGAAGUAAUAUAUCUUUGUGCCAUUCUAUCCUCACAACAACCCGGUGAGGAAGGCUAGGCUUGUUGAACGGUCUCUUUAAAUUUGAAGGUUCAUUAUUGUUCCACAAGAUGUGUAUGUCUUUAAGGGCCAGAGCAAAUAACUUGAUCCAGUUUUACAGCAGUGAAACAGUAUAGCAGGUGCUGCUAAGUUGUGUUAAUUAAGCUGUGUCAGCAAUUGGGUAUAGUAUAUAAAGAGCUCUCUCAGUACCCUGGGGGAUGGGUUGGUGGUUGGGUCAUGCUUCUUGAUGUAUUUAGUGUAAAAGGGGUUUUUGUUUUUGUUAUUAAAACCUUGUUAUUUUUGAGUUCCUUGUAAUGCGUGGUCUCCCCAGCAAGCUUUCUGCAGCGCAACUAAACUGCAAAUAGCCAACAAGGCUAGGCUAAGAAAGAGCUGGGACAGCUUUAUGAGCCUGAGUUCUCCCACUUGCUAGCCUAGCUCUCUCUCUACUCCACCACACUUUCCCUGUGACUGGGGCCACCAAUGAUGAUUUUGGUAAUACUGCUAAAACUUGCAGAGGCAGUUUUACUAGUGGUGAUAGCGGUACACAAGAGUGUGUAGCCACAAGCAGUAACAGGUCUACCAUACUGCCUUCUACUCUUUUAAAAAAGCAUUGCUUGCUUCUACCUAUGCAGCUGGCGAUAACAUAAGAUGUUCCAGCACACCAUCAUAAAAUUAGGUCGCAUCCACUCCAGACAUUUAAAGCACAUGGCUUCCCCCAGAGAAUCCUGAGAACUGCAGUUUCUGAAGGAAGCUGGGAACUGGGGACACACACCCUGCACAAAAGUAGUUGUAGGGGUGAGGAGAAAGGGCUUGGCACUGAGGAAGGCUAGUAUGGGGCAAGGAGUGCUGGAGCCUGGGCAAACUCAUCACACACUGGAGAAGGGAUGCAGCUCAUUGGUAAGCAAAAGGUCCCAGGCAUUUUCAGGUAGAGCUAGGGAUUGUCCCUUGACUGAAACCCUAGCAAGCCUCUGUGAUUCUAGGCUGUACUGGACCAGAUUGACCGAUGGGUCUUCAGGAAUGUAAGACAGCUUCCUUUGGUCUUUGAAAACUGUUAUAAGAAAAAAACCCCUGCUCCCUUUCCCUUAUGGGGUAUUCUGGAGCCCGUAUAGAGUCCUUAAGUGGGUUCCCCAUUGGUAGGAGAAAAUAAGAGGCCAACCAGAGUAUAUGAGAAGCAAAGUGGCUAGUAAGUCUGGUCUUUAUUAAAGGAACUGUUGCAACAGGGUCCCCACUCACCACAUGCAGGAGGGAGGAGAACAAUGGUGCACAAGCCCUUAUAUAAACUUUUGAAAUUGCCCACCCUGUACCCCAAGACCACCCCCCAAAACAUCACAGAAGGAGGCAGUCUACAGCAGAAGUCCUGUUUGCCAGGAUACCUGAUAAUGGUCACUAAUUGCAUUACCCAGGCAGUCUGGCCAUUCUUUUGUGAUGGUUAAUACUUUAGUUCCUGAAUCCAGGUCACAGGCUCACCCUAUUCAUACACAAAUACGCCCUUAAGAUAGGAUUUGCAAGCAAAAAGACAAUGGGAAGGCUUUCCUCAUUUGCCUCCCUUACUACAGAGGAAUAUUUGAGGUCAUUGGGAGAGUCAAAAUGGUUUCAGGAUUGCUCUCCCAUACUAUUGCAGACACGUUUCAUAUAUUUAGAUAUGUGUGCAUUUAUAAAUAUUUAUUCUAUAUCUGAGAACUUAAUUUUUUUUUAACAAAACCAUAUCCAAAUGCAACUAUCUUCGUUCACCCCUUUUUGCUGACAAAGUCGAAAGUGAGUGUAAGGGGAAAAUGACUGGUUAACAAUUCAAGGCUAUACAGUGGUGCCUCGCAAGACGAAAUUAAUCCGUUCCGCAAGAGUCUUCGUCUAGCGGUUUUUUCGUCUUGCGAAGCAAGCCCAUUGACGGAUUAGCGCUAUUAGCGCUAUCAGCUGUUUAGCGGCUAUUAAAGGCUUAAAGGCUUAAUUAGCUGCUAAAAGGCUAUUAAAGGCUAUUAAAGGCUUAGCAGAUUAGAUAAAGGGGGAAAGCGAAAAAAAUCUCAAGACUCGCAAGGUAUUUUCGUCUUGCGAAGCAAGCCCAUAGGGGAAUUCGUCCUGCGAAGCAACUUCAAAACGGAAAACCCUUUCGUCUAGCGGUUUUUCCGUCUUGCGAGGCAUUCGUCUUGCGGGGCACCACUGUAGAGCCAUUUGAGGUCAUGUUCCUUCGGAAUGUCUAGCUUUACUUAUCCAAGCUGAAACUGAAAUCCUUAUGUGGAAGUUUUACCUAGUCUUAGCACCUCACCCCACCCUCCACCUUUGUACCAUUUAAUGAUUUAAAAAACAAAACAAAAAACUUCCUUGAUGACGGCACUGGUAACUGUGAAGUGAUAGAUGAAGCCAUUAGCCCCAACUACUAUUUGAUGGUGAUAUGACACCGUAACCGUAUCAGCGCUUGAGAAAGAAAAGCACAUGAAACAAUCAUCUUGAAAGACUGCAUGGCUUUUAUGGUAAUAGCUGAGCAAAGCAGCCCUAGUUUAUCGGCCGUUUUGAAAAACAGAACACAGGGAUUUCUGUGAAAUAGUGCCAGCGAAAUAACUGCCACACAGUGGUGGCACUAUUAGAAGUGCUAAUAGAUUUGGUUUCCAUGACAGGCAAAUAGAUCUUUAAAAAACACUUAUUCCUAGUCUACAGCAGCAUUUCACUUUUGGAAGAAUUUACACCUUUGCCAGCAGCCCCUAGAGACCGCAGAUAAUUUUCUUAGUGCAUGUAUAGUAGACUAUCACAAGGGAAGGAGAAUCAUCAUCAUUAACUAUUACUACAUUAUUGAUUCUGCUGAUUUAUAAACUAUUUCAUAGCUACAAGCUAUCCAAGCGAUGUACAAUAAGUUAAAAUGAAAUACAAAAGAUAGACUGCAAAGACAAAACUGUUUAUAAGAUAUGCAGUUAGCAAUCCAUAAAACAAAUAGCUUAUGGGAAAGCCUUCUUAAACAAAAAUAUAUUUAAACUUCAAGGCACCAGGAGCUUGUCUGAUUUCAUCUGGUAAUUGACUCUGAAGGGUUGGUUUCUGGUACAAACUAAGAGGAACCUUGUGGCAUGCACAGCAGUGCCCUAUCUGAGGAGCACAGUUUUUGGGCAGGCAUAUAUGAGGGAAGUGGGGAAAAGACUUGGCCUUGUUCAGCUACAGGUAUGAGACCAUUUGAAAAAGUUAAGCUUCAAGGGCUGGCACUGUUGGGGAGUCACCAAUGUCCCGUGUACUCUGGAGGGUGGGCCCACUGUCUUCCCAUCACAAAAUGUCAGCAGCAACCACCAAAGCCUGGUAGUCCUUUCAGGGCUGGGCAAAGGGAAGCCAGGGAUAGAGUCUGGGUUGCUUCUCCAUAUUUUGCAAUGACGUUUGCUAGCAAAGAAGUGUGCAUAUAAAUGCAUAGGUUAGUGAGAAUAUCAUACAAAAAUGCAAUACAUAUGGGGAAACUGCUUUACAAAAAUGUGUUCAUGAGGCAAAUUUGCACUAUAAAUAUUGGAAUAUUAGGAUAAAUUUGCACUAAAAUAUUGAUGAAGUUUCAUGAGGACUUUUUAAAAAAUUGCAAACUGAUGUGGAAAACUGAACAACAUGGGUUGCACGUCACCCCAGUCUCUGAGUGGUGCAAGAGUCCAGGGGUUCCAAGCACUCACCUAGGGUUCCAUUUCCUUGGAAAGAGAGAUAGCGGAGACUGUGGUGUCUUUAGGAUAUGUGAUUUAUUUACACAAAUAUACAACCUGAGACUAAGAUGGAGGGGCUCACAGCAUUUACACUUUCUGAUAUUCACAGCCUUGGAAUCAAACGGAAAUCAAGCACGUCUCUCACUCUCUGGCUUCUACUUGCUUCUAGCUGAAGCCCCAGGACUCUGGCUAUUGUCCUUCUAAGUAGCAGUCAGGUGAGGAGAGGGAAAGGCUCACUCAUUUGCCCAGAGGGCACCAUCACUUCUUUUGCUACAUUAAUGGUGGUCCUUAGGUAACAACUAUGCCCAUUCUCUCACACAAAAACUUGCCUGACUAACUCUGCAAACUCACAACAAUAAUAUUGGAAAAUUAGGAACCAAGAAAUACCAAAAUAGUCAUAUUUGCUCAUCCCUAGUUGCUAGAUUCCAUUACUCUGCAAGAAAGUGUUUACAGGCAUGUUUACAACAACAACAACAACAACAACACUGCUACUACUAGUAGUACAACUUAUUUUCAUUAUCAUUUUUCUCUUCAGGUAUCAAACAUGCUCAAAUAAUGGGUUGGUGGCAGGAUUCCAGAGCCAAUAUUUUCCAUCGGUGCUUGAUCGGGAGUGGCAAUUCUAUUGCUGCCGCUACAGCCGGAGAUGUCCAUAUUCAUGUUGGUGAGUUUACAAAAGUGCACUGAAUUUUUAAUGCAUUGAGAACAUUUCUUAAAAAAACCCCAAGAUCAUUCCCUUAAACUAUAAAAGCAAUAAAACCUUUCCAGAGAUGUACAAUUAAUAUUUUGUAAAUGAUUGUGUAAAUGAUUCCUCAGAGAAAGCCUUCUUAAAUAAAAAUGCCUUCAGUAGAUACCUAAGCAUCAAAUACUAUGUGCCUGUCCGAUUUCAGUUGGUUGACCCCAGAGGGCUAGAACUGUAAUACAAAAAAAAACAGUUUCUAGUACAAACUGAGCUUUAAUAUAGAACAAAACAGGGUAAUUUGAUGUAUCACAAGCUGAGCAACUGGGUUGUUGAUAUAGCUGUCCAAAUUAGAAACCAGGAUGAUUUUUGUCUGUGCAGCUAAAAUGAGCACUGGCAAAUUGCUUCCUUAAAUGGACUGACCAAAGGUGAUUCAAAGUAUCAUAGACAAACAGAACUACAGAGGAAGUGAAGUUUUCAAUUAGAUGUGCACAAGAUGUUUACUUGCCUUUUAGUGGGCCAGCUGCUGACCUACAUGCAACAACAAUGCAUACAAGUCCAGAAUAAAAAUUGCCUUGCAGAUAGAAGGGAAAGUAAUCUUGGAUUUCCCUUCAUAAAAACUUCAAACAUCCUUCCAAGUGUCGGCUGAUGUUCUGCACCUGCGCGUGAAGCAACAGCCCUGCCAAAAGUCUGCCUUGUGAAGGAGGUGCUCUCUGCUUUACUAGCGAAGGUCAUCAUUUAGGCCUUUGCUUACAUUUAUGAAGGAACUGGUUUUGUGCCUCAGUGGGACAAGUCACGCUACUGUAUCAUUCAAUUCAGUUGUAAUCUUGGAGCAUCGAUUUGCCAUGUCAAUUGAAGGCUCUUGCCUGGCAGCUUCGGAUGCUGUUCAUAUCUGAAGCCCCACCUCCCUGCUUCUGCCAUCCUCAUGAGUGUGUGCUUAGGUAUCCAUCUCUAUCUAUACACAUGAGAACAUAAGCAGAGCCUGCUAGAUCAGGGCCAAUGGCCCAUUAGUCCAGCAUCCUUUUCUCACAGAGGCCAACAAGAUGCCUGUAGGAAACCUGUAAGCAUGAGCUGAGUGCAACAAUAUGUUCUCUAUUUCUGAUUCCCGGUCAAUGUCCAAUCCACUUUUUAAAGCCAUCCAAGUUGGUGGCUGUCACUACUAGCGAAUUCCAUAGUUUAACUAUGCAGUGUGUGAAGAACUAUGUUCUUUAUCUGUCCUGAACCUUCCGAUGUUCAGCUUCAUUGGACAUCCAUGAGUUCUAGUUUUAUGGGAGUGGGAGAAAAAUGUGUCCCUGUCCACUUUCUCCACCCCACACAUCAGUUUAUAUACUUCUAUCAUCCCCUCCUUUGCUCACAUUUUCUCUGAACUUAAAGAACUCCAAAUAUUGUAGCCAUUCCUUAUAGGAGCGUUGCUUCAACCCCUUGCUUGCCCUUUUCUGGGUCUUCUCCAGCUCCACAAUGUCCUACACUGUGCACAGAAUUUGUUGGGAUACUGCCAGGGAGAUAAAGUCCAUCAAGGCCCCCAAGCCGUCUGCCGGACGAUCCAUCGACCUCCCGUAGGCACGCAGCGACAUGAGUUUCUAGAAAAUAUCUUGCCACAUUCCAGAGCUCAUGCACACUCUAUCAGCAGAUAACGCACAGCCAAAAGUUGCAAUCAGGAGAGCAUUAUUUACAAGUUUAUUCAGCGUUGAUCAGAACACAGAAAAACAUGACUGCCUGCUUUAGUGUCUACGACACAGAGAGAAAACGAAAGCAACAGAAAACAUAAACAUGCUGUGAACAGGAAAUACGCAGACUCUGUGACUCAUAGCCUGCUCCCUUUUAAGGUGGAACGGAAAUAUCCUAACAGAAUUUACCCCUAAGACUUUUCAGCAAAGAUACAUUUUAUCAUAAAAUCUUGUUAAGUGUACCCUCCUCCUAGUAUUUCUAUUUUAUAAACUAGAUACAGUCGAACCUUGGUUGACGAACGCCUUGUGACGCCUUGUGCAGGAGCUUCCUGCAGCCAAUUGGAAGCUGCGUCUUGGUUUCCGAACCUUUUGGAAGUCAAACGGACUUCCUUUACAGACUUUGUUCGACUCCCGAGGUACCACUGUACUCACUUUGUGUUUGAGCUGGCAGACUGGUCCAGCAACUUCUGUGUUCAAUCAGGAUUUGUGCAGAGUCCCCGAGUCCACAUACUGACUAUUACAGUACUGCGUCAUUUUAUGAAGCCAAGCAAACCUUGUGCUCAGAAUCCUGUUGGUUGGUGUCUUAAUGGUCUGACCUUGCCCACAAACAGCUAUUUGCAUUUCCUUGUUGUUAUUGUUAUUAUUAUUAUUAUUAUUAUUAUUAUUAUUAUUCAUUUAAUUUGUAUACCUCCUUUCAUCCGUAGAUCUCAGGGUGGUUCAUCACAACAUACCCUCUUUAUGACACAAGUCUAUGCUUUUGUUAAGCCCAUGAAGUUCAGAGGAAUUAUUUGUACAUCAAUGUGCAUAGGAUUACAGCUUUAAAGUGUAAUCUUAUGCACCUCUACUCAGAAGCAAGCCCUGAUGAAAUCUAUGGGACUUACUUGCAGACAACUGUUCCAGAAAUCCAGCCUUCAUUUACUAGGAACCUGUGAGAUCUCAUUAGUGUUGAACGUGGUUGUCUUGUUCUUUUAUAUGGGACAGUUUUAUUACUCUAUCAAAAUAUAAUCUUGGAAGGCAAAGUAAGGUAUUUCCCUGGGAAAGGCUCUAGCAAUCAGCUACAUUUUAUGGUUCUGUGAUGAGAGGCCAGCUGUUCUAUAACUUCCAGCGUUAGCCUGGAAGGAAUAAAGAAGAAAGUUAAAUAGAGAAGUAGCAAAUUCUUUGCAGAUGUCACUGUGAUGUUGCAUCUAUCUGUAAAUGUAUAUAAGUGGAGGGAGAUCUCAAUCCUCAGCUUGAAGCAGUCUGAAAGAUAAACAGCAUUUGGAAUGCUGUUUAUAAUAAUUUCCCUGCUCCAGGCAAGCAGGGCUGCCGAGGUCCAGAAAGGUUUGGCUGGUGCUACAGCUGCUCUCGCUCACCAUUGCCUGUCCAAGCAAUGACCACAUUUACCAAGACCUUACAGAAUUAUGGACCCUAGCGGAUACAACCGUUUCCUCUACACAGUUUGCCAUUUGUUAAAGGCGUUGAUGUUCAUGGACUCUUUCACUGGCAAUGUCAGUGUCCGGAAAAUGGAGCAACUGCAGAAUACAGCUGGUAUCCCUAGAAGGGAAUGGAGGAAGUCUCUUUUGCCCUUCUUCAUGCCUCCUUCCAAGGAGAGAGCCAUGCUCAAAGGGUGCUACCCUUCCCAUGUUGCCCUCAACAUGGCUUCUGGCCACUUCUGGUGAUUUUCAACACAAUGGCCCGGAAGGAGCCAAUGUGCAGCUGGUCCCCAAGGGAGAGACUGUUCUCUUCUUCUUCUCCUCCUCCUCCUCCUCCUCCUCCUCCUCCUCCUCCUCCUUCUUCCCUCCUCCCGAGGAGAGUUGCCAUGGUGCUGAUACUGCUGCAGGGCAAGGAGGAGGAAUGACCACUUGCACCUUGGGGCCUCUUCUCUGCUGUGAUGAGAUGCCACCUCCUCAAAUUUGCUGCCCCAAGCAAAUGCCCUGUUUCCCAUAAAUACAUCAUUGCCUACCUGGGAAUGCCUGGGAUUGAACCUGGUUGGUUAUUAUGAGAAUAGGGUGCUGGAUGAGGUGGGCCAUUGGUCUGAUCCAGCAGGUUCCUAAGGACUUUCCAUAUGCAAAGCAGAUGCUCUAGCACUGAGCUACAGCUCUUCCAAGGUUUCUUGUGCUUGAAGAUGACACAGACAUAGCAGGAAGCCUGAAAGGCAAUUGUACAUCUCCCUUCCUUCCUUCAUCCAUCUCUCUCUCUCUCUCAACAGCAUUUCUAUCUUUCACACAUGCACACCACAUGGCAAGAGAGAAACUUACAUAGUACCAUUGCUCUCUCUAUCAGGCAUGGGAGAUAAGUUCCCUCUUAAGAAUUUUGAGCCGUUCCAGAAUUUCAGAGUCAGUUGUUUUUGUUUGUGUUUGUUAGAGAAUGUUCUUCUAUUACUGGCAAUGUUUAGACAGUGCACUGAAUGGUCUUUUGAGGGCGGGGGUGGAGGGGAUGAGAAAAAAGAGCCAGGAAAUGAUCUGUAAUUAAACCACAUCUGCUAUGUACAUGACAUAGUAAACUACUAAACAGAAAAACCAAGUUGUGGAAUAUAUGUUUAAUUAUAUAAAAAAUAGGGCAAUUUCAGUGUGUCUAUAAUCACCGAAAAUAGCUAAGGGCUUGUAGACAAAGAGACUCCACUGAAGUAGAAUAACCAAGUGAGACACUAUGCUCUCCUCAUUUCCAUUCCUGACUCUGACACAGGCUUCUUGUGUGUACUUGGGCAAGUUGCCUAAACUUUCUAUUUCCCUUAAUCAUUUGACCAAAUGGUGCCUUGCGGACUACAACUCCCAUCAGCCCCAGCCAAAGGGUGAGAGGGGUCUCACAGGGGCUGAAUUUUUGAGGAUGCCCAGCAACCCUUAAAAAAGUAAAAGAGGAGGAAGAGCAGCAAAUCCAGGCCCAGUACAAAAAGUGAUUCCCUGGGCCAAUCUCUAAGAAUGCCCUGAGUAGCAGUAAGACAUCUGUAUUUGAUGAAGCAUGAAUGGGUAAACCAACAUGCUGCACAAAUGCAGACAAUGUUGUUGUUGUUGUUUUAUUUUGCCCAUCUGACUAGGUUGCCAUAGUGACUCUGCAUGGCACAUCACAUGUCACACAUCCGAAGCAUUUUCUUUUCAUUGAAGAAACUAGCAAGAACUAGAUGAAAAGUACUGAAGACAAGAACUGACCAAGACACAACACUCUCUCUCUCUUUACAUUGCUUUAAUUUAUUUGUUUAUUUGCAAAAAAAAAUGUACUACCAAUAUUAAGGUGAGGGUGGGAAUCAUGGCAGCGAGCAGCAUAGUAUCCAUAACAGAUUUACAUCCAUUUAAAAAAAUUGUCACCCAUCAGCUUAAUAUACCGACCAUAGAUGGAUCAGGUGUGUUUCAAGCAGGUACCUAAAUGCCAGUACUGUAGGUGCCUUCCUGCUGUUCAUUGGGAGAGCAUUCCAAAGGCUGGUGCUACCACACUAAAGGCCCUGGACUUAGUAGACACAAAAUGGACCUUAGGAGAAGACCUUGCUCCAACAGAACCAUCUGCUUAAUGCUACAUUGAACACAGACCCUCUGUGUUUGUCAAGAGCAGACAUGAAAUCACAGGAUACGGGGAAACUACCCGCACUUCAGUUCAAAGUGGGUGUGAUAUGCACUAGGUUAAGUUACAUGUGUGAACAGGUUUUUCAGUGGGCUGACAAAAGCAAAAGUCAUAACAUUUGAAACAUAACUGUUCUUACUUUUUCUAGAGAAGGCAAAUAACUUGAUUCCCCCCCACUCCUCCUGUUUAAAAGGUUGACAACAGAACACCCAGAACACUACGGGGAAGAUAUGGACAUGAUGAUGUAUACCUAUGAUCAUUACAUCCGUGGAGCAGCCACAACUUUCUCCGGUGUGGAAAGGUCAGAUUCAGAAAUUCUCUUGAAACCUGAACCUUUCCUGUGCUGCAAAGAAAUGGUUUGUUACAUUGUGAUAUUCCCCCCAAAAAACAAUGGUGUGGAAGGUACAACAUAGACCAAGGGAGGUAGGGACUAUGGACAUGGAAGACACAAGUUCCAUGAUGAUCCCUCUUCAUGCAUCCACUGAGCUGGAGACAGAGUGGCAAUCUAGCCCUUACCCAAUCAGAGCAGUAUGGGACUUCUGUAUCCCUCCCCCUUCUUAUCCCUUAACCAAUCAAAGCAAUAGGGGACUUUCCAUACCCCAACCCCUCCAAUGCUUGAUUUGCUGAUCCUCCUCAAGGAACCCUAAAUGCAGGGGCGGAGGACUUCAGCUCAAGGGCUGAUUGUAACCCUCUAAGUCUCCCUAUUAGGCUCCCAAUAGACUCCAGCCAACCCCCUUCCCAAAACCACAGCCCUCACCAGCCCUGCUCUGUAGUCUCCUUGAGUACUUUUGCCAGGCUUCAGUUUGUCCUUGAAUUGUGAUAAUUCUUCUUUUGCUUGUUUGGAAGGAGGAUUGGGAGAUGUGAGUAGGUGGGAAUGGAGUGGGGAGAGACCUCUGAUUGUUGAGUGUCUCUGGAAUGCACCCUACUGUACAAAGGUAGAGGCCACACAUCCAUUACUCUGUCUAAUUUAUGCUUCUGGCCCUAACCAACACUUGUAUGUGGCCCCCAGAAGCUGGCCCAUAAAGGAAUGUGGUCUGAAAUUGUAUUGUAGGCCUAGCAAUGCCUGGUCACAUUUGCAGCUUCUCCUUUGGCUGAUGGCAGAAGUAUUCAUUCCCAGGCAAAUUCUGCCCGCAUUCUGUUUUUCUUUUCUUUUUUUACAUUCAGAGAAAAUGGGGUCAAAUUUCAUUGAGAGCAAUAAAGGACUUGCAUUGUACUAAGGCAUUUUUGUAUUUGAAACAAAAUGCCAAAAAUGUUCAUUUUUAAUUAUGGGAAAUGUCCACCACAUACUCAGUGUCUCUAGCCAAAGCAUCUGUUUCUGUUUGCUUCAUGGCAAUGCCUCCUCUCUCCCAUUGUUUCCUGGAGAAAGCUAAUGUCUAGAAGUACCCUAAACAUCAAAUUAAGGUUUCUCCAACAACCAGAACCCUGGCAUGUAGGAUCAAACACCCAAUUUUUGUUGACGUUUCCACCUCCAAUAGUUCAAAAUCAUGAGAUGAUGAUGAUUAAAUUAUUACCUGCCUUUCACCAGCAGAUCCCAGGGCAGGUUACAUUCAAAAUUCAGAAUUAAAAACAGUUAAAACAGAUUACAGCCACAACAUACAACUCAGGUGUCAAAGGCCAGAGUAAAGAUGUGCGUCUUUAGCAUUUGCCAAGAGGUGCAUACUGAAAUACCCAGACACACCUCUGUGGGGAGGGAAUUCCACACCAUAGGGGCUGCCACAGAGAAGGCCAUACCUCUGGCUACACCCUCUGAACUUCCAAGGGUGGUGGAACUACCAAGAGUUGAUCUCAACCCCCAGGAAGCUCUGUAGGUAAGAAGGCAGUCUUUUAUAUAUUUUGGGCCUAAGCCAUUUAGCUAGAGAUGAUCAAGUUGAAAGAAACGAGCAAAGUUCAUCCUGACAGAUCACAAAACAAAAACAAAAACAGAAGCCCAACCAGAAGCCUUGCUCUGUUGCAAUGUUCUGUCUUGGUCACCACCUAAACACUUGUUUCCUCUAUCUUUUCCCUUGCAGGGAUCGCCAGUGGAAGUUUAUUAUCUGCAGGAUGACGGAUUUUGACUGCCAGUUUGACAAUUUUAAGAAGAAGUGAAUAUGCGCCAUGCUUCUGGGGGUGGGGUGGUGGUAGGGGGGAAUGAAGGUAGAGGGGAAAGGAGAGAAAAAUAGCAAAGGCCAUAUAUCAACCAUACACCAGUUUCUUUGCAGAUGAGUAAGAAUGACUCUUAUUCUGCGAAGAGGGCUGCGAAGAACACUGAGCUCAACUUUACAAGACAGGCACAUCCAUUUGGCUCUUAAUUAGGGAUUAGAUGGGCUGGGUUGAUUUACAUAAUCUCUGCAGAGCAUGUGUGCAGAGUACUUCCACUUCUACCCCUUCCUGGUCCUUCGACAUACCUGGUGGAUGCAACGGCAGGGGACCCAUGUUAACACUGUAGUGUGUAGUGUGUGUAUUUCUGCCCUUCACUGGGUCUCUUCCAGCACUGACCUGAGAGUAUGGGUAGCUGCCUUGUGUGUGUGCCUUUAGACAACACCUUGGACCAUUUCCUUGAUUUGUUUAAAUUUUUUUUUAAUUCACAGCUACUUUACAUUGUUUAGAUGCUUUCUGAUAUAAACCUAGAUGAAGCCAUUUCCUUUGCUGUCUAGCUCACCUGUACAGAUGCGUCUUGAUUUUGCAUGGCAUCUUUGUAUCCACUGUGCCCCGUUGUCAGAUUACAAAAAAGGACCGCCAAAAUGCCCAAAAUUGUGCUUUGCUGAUGUUUCAGAGCUAAUCAUUUGCCAACAAAUGCUACCAGUGUGCAUACCUCCUUCAAAAUAACCCAGAGCAGCAAGCCAAACCACACAGGAUGUUAAUCAUGCCCCUUCGCUUGGAGUGCAGACUUCUUAUUGCACAAACUAAGCAGUGUGGCAACUCAAUCCAUAUUGAGAUCUUGGUGUGGGGGCAGGAGGGGGCUUUAGCUCUCUGUCCCCUGCUGUAGUCUCAGUAUUUGGAUUGCCCUCCAUGCCCACAAUUUGCAUUGGGAAGGAGAAGCAGCUUGAGCAAAUGGGAGCUCCCCCACCCCCCACAAAAGAAUUUCAGGUUCCCUCCUCAUCUCGACUGGGAAUGCAGUGGUGGUGAUAUAAGGCUGAAGCUUCCCUACCCCUGAUCCAACUCAGGACCCCACUCUGUCAAUUUCUGCAGAAAAAAUCCUGCUCCCAGUGCCAAAAAACAUGAUUAAUGUAGUGCCUCUACAAUUAGAUGACAGCAGAGGCAUUUUUUUCUAUGCCACAAUUUUGCAACCCAUGCAAAUAUAUCACAUUCAUAUUAUCUGUUGUGGGGAACCCUCCCCCCCCCACCAAUGUUACUUGCCUACAACUCCCCUUAUCCUUGGCCAUUGGCCAUGCUUUCUGGGGCUGAUGGGAAUUGUAGUUCAGCAAUAUCAGGAGGAUCAAAGUUUCUCCAUACCUGUUAUAUAGCAAGCCUGCCUGACAGGAAGGAUGCCAGAGAUUGCUUAUUAACACUAUCGCCUGAAAUAUGAUCGCUUCUACAAUUAAUAUGUCUAAAUUUCAGGUGAACUUUGAAACGGUAUCAAGUUGUGUUUUUCUUAAUGUUUUCUUUGACAUCCUGAAUCAUCAGAGGCCUAUGAUGAAUAAAAUAAUACCAGAUCUCCAACUUCUAACUAAAAAGGGAAUAUAGAGUUGCAGUUUUGCGACUGAACACGAUUGUGUAAAACUGACGACAUCCUGAUGUUGUGUGCUAUGUAAGUCAAAUGUUUAUUGGGCAUGAAAAGGUGUGACCAUGUCCCUGAAGCCGGUGACAAUUUGUUCUAUCACAGGAGAGGAUUAAAUAAAUAAAAAAAGGGAGAUACUUAAGAACCCAAAGACAACCCUGUUGAAAUAAACUAUGCAAUUUACUCCAAUUGCCUGUAUUAGGAUAUCUUUAUUAUGUCCAGUAUUUACAAGCACAUUGUCAAUUGUUAUCCUAAUCAACUGAAAAAAUAAAAUAAUUUGGUGAUGC